UUUCUUUCUGUUCCAUUGAAUUGAAGAAGCCAGGGGCAGAAAACAGGCCAGGUGUAAAGCGCAGUAGGAGUAUUUGUAUUACCAAAAGAAAUAGGCAAUGAGACUGUCAAGUCCUGCCCUUUACCUCCUGUCAUUUCUUCUACUGCACGCCAGAUCUACCUUUGCCUACAAAAAGUCCUAUGUGGUAUACUUGGGAGCUCAUUCACAUGGCCCAGAACCCUCUUCCAUUGAUUUCAAUCGGGCAACCGAGUCUCACUAUGAGUUUCUUGGAUCCUUCUUGGGAAGUCAUGCUAUGGCCAAAGAAUCCAUAUUUUACUCAUACACUAGGCACAUCAAUGGCUUUGCUGCAAGAUUUGACGAUCAAGUAGCAGCUCAGAUUGCUAAGCAUCCGAAAGUGGUGUCCAUUUUCCUCAACAAGGGAAGAAAAUUACACACAACUCGUUCAUGGGACUUCCUGGGACUUGAGCAUGAUGGGGUGAUUGCUAAAAACUCAAUUUGGGACAAGGCAAGAUAUGGGGAAGAUUCAAUUAUUGCAAACCUUGACACAGGCGUGUGGCCCGAAUCCAAGAGCUUUUCUGAUCAACUCUUGGGACCGAUUCCAUCAAAGUGGAAAGGAAUCUGCCAAAAUGACACUGAUUCUGCCUUCCAUUGCAACAGAAAGCUAAUUGGAGCAAGAUACUUCAACAAAGGCUAUGCUACGGUGGUUGGUCCACUAAACUCCACCUUCAACACACCACGCGAUAAUGAAGGCCACGGCUCUCACACAUUAUCAACAGCCGGUGGCAAUUUUGUAGCGGGGGCCAGUGUGUUCGGCCUGGGCAAUGGAACGGCAAAGGGCGGAUCGCCGAAAGCCCGGGUGGCAGCUUACAAGGUGUGCUGGCCUCCGGUGGGUGGGAAUGAAUGCUUUGAUGCAGAUAUAGUAGCGGCCUUUGACAUGGCCAUCCAUGAUGGCGUUGAUGUUCUGUCUGUGUCGCUGGGAGGGCAGCCUACUCCCUUCUUCAAUGACAGCGUAGCCCUUGGCUCCUUCCAUGCUGUUAAGCAUGGCAUUGUGGUGGUUUGCUCAGCUGGGAAUUCUGGACCUACCCCUGCUACUGUCUCCAAUGUUGCGCCAUGGCAGAUCACUGUGGGAGCCAGCACCAUGGACAGGGACUUCCGCAGUUAUGUUGUCCUUGGGAACAAGAUGCGCUUGGAGGGACAAAGCCUGUCACCUACAGCCUUGCCAAGCAACAAGUUCUACCCACUUAUUAGCGCUGCAGAUGCCAAAGCAGCAAACGUUUCAGCUGCAGAUGCUCUGCUUUGUAAGAAUGGAACUCUUGAUCCCAGAAAGGUGAGGGGAAAGAUCUUGGUGUGUCUUCGUGGUCAAAAUGCAAGAGUCGACAAGGGUGAGCAAGCUCUAUUGGCAGGAGCUGUGGGGAUGGUUCUUGCCAACACUGAGCUUACUGGGAACGAGAUUAUUGCUGAUGCACAUGUCCUCCCUGCUUCCCACAUCAAUUUCACCAAUGGCGUCACUGUCUUCACUUACACCAAUUCAACCAAGUAUCCAAAAGCUUACAUUACGCGUGCAACGACACUUUUGAGCACGAAGCCGGCACCUUUCAUGGCAGCUUUCUCAUCGAAGGGACCAAAUCCCAUAACGCCUGAGAUCCUUAAGCCUGAUAUCACUGGACCAGGAGUUAGUGUCAUAGCAGCCUAUACUGAGGCACAAGGUCCAACAAACCAAAAAUUUGACAAGCGCCGACUUCAAUUCAAUUCGGUAUCAGGCACUUCAAUGUCAUGCCCUCAUGUUUCUGGCAUUGCCGGUCUCCUUAAAACCCUCCAUCCUACUUGGAGUCCUGCAGCUAUUAUGUCGGCAAUCAUGACAACGGCUAAAACGCAGGAUAACAGCAGGGAGCCACUGCUUAAUGCUUCUUACUCUAAGGCAACACCAUUCAGUUAUGGAGCAGGACACGUUCACCCAAACGGUGCCAUGGAUCCAGGGCUGGUUUAUGACUUGACAGUUAAUGAUUACCUUAACUUCAUAUGUGCUCUGGGAUACAAUGAAACACAAGUGUCAAUGUUCUCAGAUAGCCCCUAUAGUUGCCCCAACCCUAUCAGUCUCAUCAACUUCAACUACCCUUCAAUCACAGUCCCUAUGCUAGCAGAUUCCAUCACAGUGACCCGAACCUUAAAGAAUGUAGGUUCCCCAGGAACUUAUACAGCUCGUGUCCACGAACCAAGUGGAAUUUCGGUUCUUGUCAAGCCCAAGAGCUUGAAAUUUAACAAGGUUGGUGAAGAGAAAAGCUUCAAUGUUACCCUGAAGGUUAAAGAAGCCAAUGCCGCUGAGGACUAUGUGUUUGGAAAGUUGAUAUGGUCAGAUGAAAAGCACCAUGUGGGGAGUCCGAUUGUGGUGAAGGCAGCCUAUAGAAACUGAUGUAUUCGAGCUAGUUCUACAUAAUUUCAAUAUUUGUCCCUCAAGGAUAUUGCUUACAUAAAUAAUGUUUGGAAAAGAAGGGGAAAAAAAAAUCUCAUGAUC